CUUCUCUGCUUAUACUGAACUGGUUUGACUGUAUAUACUAAACGUAGCGACUCUUUCUCUCUCUUUUAUACCGUCUGUUCCUGAACUUUUCUCACAGUUAAUUUGAGAGACGUCUGAACAUGUCUGUUCCUGUGCGUUCACACUUUUAUGUUUCAGGUUCAUUUCAGCUCAAGCGUUUCCAUCUUUUCGUCACACUUCUCGCAUCGUGUCACCAGAAAGGAAAGCGUCAUGUCUCACAACUACCCGUUCAGACGCUCUGACCUCAGACCUGACCCCGGACCUCGCCGGUCUCCUCCUCCUCCUCCUCCUCCUCCUCCUCCUUCAUCGUCCUCCUCCAGAGGCUCGGUGCCGUCGGCUCAGUGGUCACAGGACGGCGUUCUGAGCAUCCUGAGCAGCUGUGGGCUGGAGCCCGGGGACCUCGUGCGUUUGGCCGAGCUCCCUGAAGACGUCCUCACCGUGGAGUCGCUGCCGCUCAUCCUCAAACAGAUCCAGAGCCAGAAGGAGGCGGCCCUCGCUCCUCGUCCGUCCUCGUCCUCGUCCUCCGGGGUCUACCCGCCCAGAGGCCGAGAGGAGCUCCACCAGGGCCACUUGCUUCAGUACCAGCGGGUUACACCAGGACCUCUUCCAUCUGAGCCGGUCCAGACUCACCGGGGGAGUCCCAGGACCAGCGGCUCGGGCUUCGGGCCCAGACCAGGCCCCUCUGAGUACGGUAAGACUCAGGACCGACCCCCUUUCGUCCCGGCCCCAGAAGCUCGUCCUUCUCGUUUCUCCGAGGCCCGAACAGCUGAGUACAGACCUCCUCCUCCUGCCCCCCCCCUUAAGGAGCACCACCCUAGACGCCGUGAGUCUGGACCCUCUUCCAGCAGGACCAGCUGGCCCUCGGCCCUCAUACCCUCAGAGAAACAAGCCCUGGACUUCCAUGGCUCGUCUCCAGCAUCCUUCCCUCACUCGUGCUCUCUUUGUGACAUAACUGUGCUGUCAGAGAAGGUUUGGCUUCAGCACGUGAACGGGUCCCAGCAUGCGGACGGGCAGCUCAGCCUCCUGCAGCAGUUCCCACAGUGGGACUGUCGCAUGGAGACGGUCAGCAGGUCCACCGAACAAUCAGAGAAGGGGAAGGGUAAAGGAAAAGCGGCCAAUCAGAACCAAGCAGCAGCAGCUCAGACAAACAGGAGCUUCCAGAAGAAGACGUCUGACAGAGGGAAGGUGGUGUGUGUCAAGUUUCCAGCUCAGUCGGUGGACGAGGCCUAUCUGAGGAAACUGUCUGAGCCGUUUGGAAAGAUCAUCAAAAUCCUCAUGUUUCCUUCUUUGGCCUUUAUGGAGCUGGGUUCGGUGGAUCAGGCGAAGGACUUGGUCAAGUUUCAUGUCAACUAUCCUCCGACUGUGAACGGAGAGCAGAUGGAGUUCAGCAUCUCCAACACCUUUCACUUCCUCCAGAGCUCUCGAGUGGUGAGUUUCACCCCGUCCCCAACGGGAGACGAUGGACGGUCGGACCUGAUGAGCAUCAUCCGACGCUUCGGUUCACCGCUCUACUCUCUGUUCCUGCCGUCUGUGGCGUUUGUCGAGAUGACGAAUGAUUCUGACGCUCGGAAGCUGGUGGAGUAUUAUUCAACCCAGUCCCUGAAGAUCAACAGCGACUCCAUCAAAGUCUCCUUCUCUGGAGAAUACAGCAGCCUGAAGGGGCUCCCCUCGGCCAGGAAGUGUGAAGAGGAAGCAGGUCCAACCAAAAAGAUGAGGAGCUCAAGUCCAGAGAAAGACCAGAUGACGGAGACCAAGAGGACGAGGAGCAGCAGCCAAGACUCCAGGACAGACUGUAAGACCAGGUCCAGGUCUAGAGACAAGUUUGGAAGAGAAAAAUGGACCAGGUCCAGGUCCAGGUCCAGAUCUAGAUCCAGAGAAAGAAAGACCAGGUCCAGAUCCAGAGAUGAGUUUGGCAGAGAAAAACGGACCAGACCCAGGUCCAGAUCCAGAUCCAGAUCCAGGUCUAGGUCCAGAGAAAGAAAGACCAGGUCCAAAGACAAAUCAAGAGAAACAUCCAGCAGAGUCACCAGAGCCAGGUCCAGGUCCAGAGAAAAAACAGAAGACAAGUCGAGUACCCAGACCAGAACCGGGACAGGAGAGAACAGGGUGGAACCGAAGAAACCCGCAGAUCCAGUCCAGCCCAGAGCCGAAGAGGAACCGGUUCCCCCUCAAAAACCUGAAGCUUCCGAUGAGGAACAGUCGGAGGAGUCGUCUUCAGAGGACACGGACAUCGAAGGGAUGGAGGUGAUCGCAGAGGACGGAGAGAACCUGGAGGAUGAAGACGUCGAGGAGGAAGAGGAGGAGGAGCAGGACGGAGAGGAGGAGGUGAAGGACAGAAAGGAGGAGCAGGACGGAGAGGAGGAGGUGAAGGACGGAGAGGAGGAGGUGAAGGACAGGAGGAAGGUGAAGGACGGAGAGGAGGAGGUGAAGGACAGAGAGGAGGUGAAGAAGGACGGAGAGGAGGAGGAGGAAGAACCAGGGUUCCCCAUAGACCUGGAGAACUGCAUCACCCUGGAUGAGCUGGAGGAGGAGGAGUCUGAGGACCAAGGUGAAGAAGUUCCACAAGAUCCUGGAUCUCCGUCUGAUUCCAGCCGAGUCAUUUACUUCAGGAACCUGCCUCUGCGAUUCUACACGGAUGCAGAGUUCCUGGGGGUGGUGCAAGGCCUGGGGAGGGCGGAGCGUUACCUCCUGAUCCGAAGCCGCCGAGAGGGUUUCAUUGAGAUGUCCAGUUCUGCUGAAGCUGUGAACGCUGCCAUGAAGCUGAGCUGUAGCUCCGCCUCCCUCAGUGGCUGCAGACUCCAGGCCUUCCUCUCCAGGAAGUACAGGAGCCUCAGCAACGGGUGGCCCGUUGAGAUGGGCAACGAGAAGAGGAGCAGCAGCAGGAGGAGUGAGAGGAGAAGCAAAUCCAGGUCUUCAGACCAGGAGGAGACCGAGAGGAGGUCAAAGGGGAGGAAGGAGUCCUCAAGAAAGACUCCAGAGAAGGAGGGGGAGGUCGUCCUCUCCCUGAAGGAGGCUCGUGCUCCUGAAAACAAGAAGCUAAAGAGAAAAUUAACCCCUGAGAAAAACUUGGUUCCUCUAAAAACCCCAAAGACUGAAGGAGGAGACGGGAGCGGAGGAGGAGUAAACCAGACCAAGCAGCCGGAGGAUGAGGAGGAAACGCCUCCUCGUGUCUCUGUGCAGAAGGACACAUCUGAACCAGGUCCAGAUCCAGACCUGACUGCAGAUCCCCCAAAACCACCAUGUGAACAGGCUGAGUCCUCAGACCCGACGUCCAAGUGUUUUCAGGGCUCUGGGGUGAACCGACAGUCUGGAGCCAGAGGUGGCGCUGCAGCAGCAGAGAACCCGUCCAGACCUGUAGGAGCGGAGUUCGUCCGGCCGGUCGUUGGUUAUUUCUGUAACCUGUGUCGUCUGAUCUUCGCUGACGAGGACGAAGCCAAACUUGAACACUGCAGCAGCCUGAUGCACUACAGCCGAUACCAGGAGGAGACGGGGAAGGAUCCGUGGACGAACUGAAUCAGUCACUUUAUUGACCAUGGACUCGACAUUUAGAGCAGAGGUGUCAAACAUGAGGCCCACGGCCCUAAACCGGCCCACCAGAGGCUCUUUGGUUUGCUUUAGGGGUUCAACUGUUUCAGUUGUACACGUUCAGAACUAAACUCUGUGGCUCUUUUUAUCCUCAAGACGUUUGUAAUGAAUGUACUUGUAUUUAUUUGGAUUAAAACUUAGAGAAAAGUUAUGUUGCUGGUUUUGGCCCCUGAACUAAAAUCAGUUUGACGGCCUGGUUGGUUCGAUUUAAAGCUUUGAUAUAAACGAAUAAAUGAACUCAAACAUUGUA